UCGGGGCCUCCACAGAACCCUGGCAUCAGUUACUCUGUCAGCUUAGUGGAAGUUAGAAUCAUGUUAUUCCCCGGUACAGAAUCCAGUUCUGAGAAGCAGCUGACUGUACACUGAAAUCAACAAGGGAAUAUUAAGGAGAUGAGAGGAUUUUUUGUGUGAAAUGCUGCGGCUUGUUGAGUCGCAGCCAUCAUAAUUUUGGUUUAUUUUUGUUGGCUUUUAAAAAGGACAUUGGAACAGUGACACUGGAUUGUAGUACUUUGGGAAACUCUGUUGGUGUUUGCCUUGGACCUUCUUUUAUGCUUACAUGCAGUGGUAUGAGGAAGAGGAAGAAUAUGAAAGGGAAGAUGUUCAAAAGAAAACAUUCACAAAAUGGGUAAAUGCACAGUUUGCUAAGUUUGGUACAUACCCUAUAGAAGAUCUCUUCAAUGAUUUUCAAGAUGGACGAAGGCUCCUGGAGCUCCUGGAAGGUCUUACGGGCCAAAAGCUUGGUAAAGAAAGGGGUUCCACAAGAGUUCAUGCCUUGAACAACGUCAACAAAGCACUACAAGUCCUUCAGAAAAACAAUGUAGAUCUGGUGAAUAUCGGCAGCACAGAUAUUGUGGAUGGCAAUCAUAAACUGACUCUUGGAUUGAUCUGGAGUAUAAUUCUCCACUGGCAGGUCAAAGAUGUAAUGAAAAACAUCAUGGCUGGACUGCAACAGACAAACAGUGAAAAGAUCUUGCUGAGCUGGGUCCGUCAAUCAACUCAGAAUUAUCCGCAGGUCAAUGUUGUUAAUUUCACCAGUAGCUGGUGUGAUGGUUUGGCUUUCAAUGCCCUCAUCCACAGUCACAGACCAGAUCUAUUUGACUGGGAUAGUGUGGUUCGCCAACAGUCAGCUGUACAACGAUUAGACCAUGCAUUCAACGUAGCCAAACGCCACCUAGGAAUCGAAAAACUCCUUGAUCCUGAAGAUGUCGCAACUCCUUAUCCUGAUAAGAAGUCCAUCUUGAUGUACGUGACAUCGCUUUUCCAAGUCCUGCCCCAGCAAGUUACUCUUGAAGCCAUCCAGGAAGUGGAAACAUUGCCACGGCAAUCAAAGCACAUCAGAGAAGAGCACGUCCAGUUACAUCAACAGCGCUUUUCACAACAGAUCAAAGUCAGUGUAGCACAGGGUCAUGUGCGCACCCCUUCACCUCCACCUAAACCUCGCUUCAAAAGCUAUGCGUACACACAAGCUGCUUAUGUCAUGUCCCCUGACCCAAAAGGGAAGGUGUUCCCUCCACAGCGUUUGGAAACACAUGAACAGAGAUUAUUUGCAACUUCACCCAUGGAUACAGAAGUAGAUCUGGAAGGCUACCAAACUGCAUUAGAAGAAGUACUCUCAUGGCUUCUGUCUACUGAAGAUUCUUUGCAAGCACAGGGAGAUAUAUCCACUGAUGUAGAAGAAGUUAAAGAGCAGUUUCACACCCACGAGGGUUUUAUGAUGGAAUUAACAGCUCACCAGGGACGUGUUGGUGAUGUUUUGCAAAUAGGCAGCCAACUUCUGUCAUUUGGGAAGCUUUCAGAAGAUGAAGAAAAUGAAAUACAAGAACAAAUGAAUCUUCUUAAUUCACGAUGGGAAAAUCUCAGGGUCACAAGUAUGGAAAAACAGAGCAAGUGAGUAAAUAUAAACUUGGGCAAACACUUUUGUAAUUGGUGCAAAUAUUGUUGCAGGGUGUGCUAUUUAGUUGAGAUUUUGUUGUAUUUAUCUUGCUUUGCUGCAAUUUCAUGAGUGUCAAAAUUGAUUGUAAGAGAAUGGAAGUGGAGCACAACAGAUGGACUAGAGCCACAGAUCUGCAAGCUCACAUUUUAAAAGGCCUUAUUGAGAGAAGUUUCACACUCAGUACAAAAGUUAUUCCCACAUAAACUUUUAUCUUGUUAUUGCACUUUGUU